UUCUGGUGACAUCCACGCUACGAUGAGGUGAAGCGGUUGUUUUCGUCUAGGUGGUUGUAAGUAGCUGCCUUGAAAUUGAGGUGUAACGGCUGUUAUUACCGGAAUUAACGCGGUGUCCCGGGCCUGUAGGGUUUCCGUUUCCCUCUGGAAUUACCGCCAGACCAAGGCUUUCACCCUCCGUCUCUUUUUUGGUGAGUUUAUCGCCAUGUUAUCGUCCAUUCCCACCAGGCUUAUUGCGCGAAGGUCGCGCAGCCUGUCACCGUGCAGCCGCGUGCUCCAGACCAGCGCAGGUGGCGCCGCUUGCCAGAGCAUCCGCGAGACACCGGCGGAGAUCAACCGCAACCCCAUCGUGUCCACCUCCCGGGUCUCCAGGAGGGGGAUUUUGGCGGAGGAGACGGCAGGUACCAGUGUGAACCCGUCGGUGCAGUUCCACCACCUCGCCCCUAGAUGGCUGUCCAGCCUGGAGAACCGCCGCAGCUCCUGGGCGGCUUUGGCCAGCAGGGGGCGCAACAACAACCAGUACUGGGAGGAGAGCAGUGGGGGUGAGGGCCGGGGGACAGGUGGACGAGCCAGCCGGGCAGGAGUGGCCUCUGCCGGUGUGCUGUCUGCUGCAGCCGUGGCCUUCUGCCUGAAGAAAGACUCUGAUAACAAAGGUGAUGCUCUUCUUGAGGCAGCAAGGACCUGUAACUCUCAAGAUGUGGCCAGGCUGGUAAAAGAGGGGGUCGACCCAAACUACCGCCACCGUUUAGGAUGGACCCCUCUCAUGGUGGCGGCCAUGAACCGACAGCACAGUGUGGUAAAGGUUCUACUUGAAGCCGGUGCCGACCCAAACGCCGGAGACGACUUCAACAACGUUUACGACACCUCGCGGGAGAAAGGCAUCCACUCAUUGGAAGUCCUUGUGUCCAGAGAGGAUGAAUUCAGCAGCAGGCUCAGCAGCAGGGCCGGCUUCCGGGCUUGCACAGCGCUUCAUUACGCCACGCUGGCUGAUGACCCACGCACUGUCCGCAUGCUGCUGGAGGCUGGUGCCAACCCACUGCAGACCAAUGCUUUGGGACACACAGCACGGGCCUACGCUAAGGAGGGAGAAGUGAGCAAAGUGCUGCAGGAGUUUGAGGGCAAGUUCCAGGAGGCACAGGCUCGGCGGGAGGCGGAGGAGAGGAGGAGGUUCCCCCUGGAGAGGAGGCUGAAGGAGCACAUCAUCGGACAGGAGGGGGCCAUCAAUACCGUGGCCUCAGCCAUCAGGAGGAAGGAGAACGGCUGGUACGAUGAAGAGCAUCCUCUUGUAUUCCUCUUCCUCGGCUCAUCAGGAAUCGGAAAGACCGAGUUGGCCAAACAGGUGGCUCGCUACAUGCACAAGGACAUCAAGAAGGGUUUCAUUCGUAUGGACAUGUCCGAGUUCCAGGAAAAACACGAGGUGGCAAAGUUCAUUGGCUCUCCGCCGGGAUAUGUGGGACAUGAGGAAGGGGGUCAGCUGACCAAGCUGUUAAAGGCGUGUCCCAACGCUGUCGUCCUGUUUGAUGAAGUCGACAAGGCCCACCCUGAUGUUCUGACUAUCAUGUUGCAGCUCUUUGAUGAAGGUCGCCUCACAGACGGCAAGGGGAAAACCAUCGAAUGUAAAGACGCCAUCUUCAUCAUGACAUCCAACGUUGCAAGUGACGAAAUCGCCCAGCAUGCACUCCAGCUUCGGCAGGAAGCUGAGGUGGUCAGCCGCAGAAAGCUGGCCGACAACCUCGAGGAUGUACAGAAGAGUGAUGACAUCACAAUCUCCCGACAGUUUAAAGAAUCUGUGAUUCGACCGAUCCUGAAGGCUCAUUUUCGGAGGGACGAGUUUCUGGGUCGUAUCAAUGAAAUUGUGUACUUCCUGCCGUUCUGUCACUCAGAGCUGCUGCAGCUGGUCAGCAAAGAGCUCAACUUCUGGGCCAAGAAGGCUAAGCAGCGCCAUGACAUCACUCUUCAGUGGGAGCGCCCGGUUCUGGAGCUGUUAGCGGGCGGGUAUAACAUGCAUUACGGAGCACGCUCCAUCAAACAUGAGGUUGAGCGUCGGGUUGUCAACCAGUUAGCAGCAGCGUACGAGCAGGAGCUGCUGCCCAAAGGCUGCACCCUGCGUCUGUCUGUCCAGUCGGAGGACCGGGAGGAGCGGAGCACGCCCAGUCUGCGCCUUGAGGUGGUAGGAGAGGACAGCUCUUCAAGAACGCUGGACAUCCGUCCACCGCUCAGCCCUGAACACUAACACAAUGCAGAAACGCAGAGGAUAUAUACAGAUAAAUAUAUAUAUAUAUGCACACAUGUACACUUUCCACACACAUAAUAUCAUCAUCAUCAUCAUCAUCAUCAUCAUAGUGUCAGGCGGAUGGAUGGUUCUUGAUGGAUUUAACCAAUAAAAGUACCUCUGAUAAACAC